AUGUUUAUGCGGAUGACCUUAACAAAGAAUAUCAAGUCUACUAUCCCUAAAACCGAGAAUGCUAAGGAAUAUAUGAAAUUUGUGAAAGAACGUUCCCAAACAGCUGACAAAUCACUUGUUGGCACACUGAUGAGUACCUUAACCACCAUGAAAUUUGAUGGUUCUCGUACCAUGCAUGAGCAUGUUACUGAAAUGAGUAAUAUUGCAGCAAGACUUAAGACUCUUGGGAUGACUGUGGAUGAGAACUUUCUGGUACAAUUUAUCAUCAACUCUUUGCCUCCCGAGUACGGUCCAUUCCAUAUGAACUAUAAUACCUUAAAGGAUAAAUGGAAUAUGAAUGAAUUGCACAGUAUGCUCGUGCAAGAGGAGACAAGGCUUAAGAAUCAAGGAACUCAUUCUGUUCAUCUCGUAAGUCAUCAAGGAGUUGGAAAGAAAUAUAAGAAAAGAUCUGGAAAGGGCAUUAAGCAAGGACCACUAAAGAUAAAUGAGUCUUCUGCCCAUAUCCACAAUAAGGAACACAAAAAAGAUACAUGCCAUUUCUGUCGCAAAUCUGGGCACCAUAAAAAGGAUUGCCUGAAACGUAAGGCAUGGUUCAAAAGUAAAGGUAAGAUUAAUUCUUAUGUAUGUUUCGAAUCUAAUUUGGCAAAAGUUCCUUAUAAUACUUGGUGGAUUGAUUCCGGAUGUACCACUUAUGUUACUAAUAUAAUGCAGGGAUUCCUUUCAACCCAGACCAUAAAUCCAAAUAAAAAGUUUGUCCUCAUGGGAAAUCGAGUCAAAGCUCCAGUUGAAGCCAUUGGAACUUAUCGUUUGAUUUUAGAUACUGGAGAUUUAUUUCAGACUCUAUAUGUACCUUCUAUUUCUC